GAUAAAUAAUAAGACUGUUUACAAAGUAGUCGGAAAACUAAUAAUAUGUAAAAAAAUCGAAAUGCUAUUACAAAAAAGAAUCACAUGAAAGGUGGAACAGUACUUUAACGUCUGCAACUAGUCAUUGUUGCACUUGUACCGCUGCGUACGAUGAUAAUGGACGGCUCACCGUGAGUGACAGUUCCGGAGUUUGGCAGCCGACAACAGUGGUCCGGCCAACAUCGAAAUAUCAGAACUUUAAAGAAGAGUAGAUGUCGGCAUAAAAGUUUAAACUCACCUGACACGAAUCUUUCAGCAUUACAAUAGCCACCAUGCAGCAUCAAGGUUCAGGUGAUCGAGCAGAUUCAGAACAGAUAUUGAAGUUUCCAUGGCGUCGUGAAAAUGGUGGCCAAGAAAAUGAAGGUGACAAAGAUGCCAAGCCAGGAGAAUAUGUUUUGCGAAACCUCUUCCUGGAAUUUUGUCGGAUGGCAGAAAGGAAGAUUGAAUUAGUUCUAGCUGAGCCUUUGGAAAAACCACUUGCAAAGUCACUUCAGCGAGGAGAGGACAGUCAGUUUGAUCAGAUUCUCAAUUCUCUUGGGUGUGUCUCGGAGCACAGCCUGCCAGCGAUUCUGAGAUCCUUGUACAUUUGGUACGACAGACAGAUGCGAUACGAGGAUGGUAUCUACUUGGAUCCUCGCCACAGGCACAGAAGCAAAGGGACUAAGGACUUCCUCUGUGAACGAAGAGAUUUGUCCGUUGAGUUUGUGUAUUGCCUGGUGCUUAUUGAAGUCUUGUCAAAGUUCAACUACCACCCAGGCUAUGACGACUUGGUCAACCGCAUUAUCAGCCAGGCUUUUAAACACUUCAAAUACCGAGAUGGGCAACAAACAAAUCCCAAUGCAGCCAACAUGAAUAUUAUUGCCGAUCUGUAUUCAGAGGUGAUUGGUGUGCUGGCUCAGUCACGAUUCCAAGCCGUGAAGAAAACAUUCAUGAAUGAGCUGAAAGAGUUGAAGCUACGAGAUCAGACUCCGUACACAGCCCAGAGUAUUAUCAGUCUGCUUAUGGGACUCAAGUUCUUCAGAGUCAAGAUGCAUCCCAUUGAGGAAUUCCAGGCUUCCGUGUCUUUUCUGCAUGACCUUGGUAACUUCUUUGUUGAAGUGAAAGACCGAGACAUUAAACAUGCUAUAGCUGGCUUGUUUGUGGAGAUUCUGCUGCCUGUUGCGUCAACUGCCAAAAAUGAAGUGAAUGUUCCUGUGUUGAAGAAUUUUGUAGAGAUGUUGUAUUCUUUGACCAUUGAUAUGACAACAAAACGAAAACACACAUUGCAUUUGUUUCCCUUGGUGACUUGUCUUCUGUGUGUGAGUACGAAACAGUUCUUUCUCAACAACUGGCCAUACUUUCUGACAAUGUGUCUCUCUCAGCUGAAAAAUAAAGAUACCAAAAUGUCCAGAAUUGCUUUGGAGUCACUUUAUCGAUUGCUUUGGGUUUACAUGAUUCGAAUCAAAUGUGAAAGUAACACUGCCACACAAAGUCGACUUCAGAGCAUUGUAAACAGUCUCUUUCCCAAGGGAUCAAAGAUGGUCACUCCAAAAGAUACACCACUGAACAUAUUUGUCAAAAUCAUCCAGUUCAUUGCUAAGGAAAGACUUGAUUUUGCUAUGAAGGAUAUUAUAUUUGAUCUGCUUUGUGUUGGGAGAAAUUUCAAGAUUUUGACACCCGAGAGAAUGAGUAUUGGCCUGCGAGCAUUCCUGGUAAUCGCCGACAGCCUGCAGCAAAAGGAUGGCGAUCCUCCGAUGCCACAGUCGAAUGCCGCUCUGCCGUCUGGCAGCACUGUGAGGGUGAAGAGGACUUUCCUAAAUAAGAUGUUGUCUGAGGCCACAGCUAAAAGUAUAGGUCUGUCGGCCUACUACCCUCACAUCUUGAAAACCUUUGAUGCCAUGCUGCGAGCUUUAGAUUUACAAGUGGGGCGGACUCUUCUUCUCACUAAAUCAGAAAAUGCCAGCAAGGAGCCAGAGGAAAUGAUUACUGGUGACAGGAAGCCUAAGAUCGAUCUGUUCCGGACGUGUAUUGCUGCCAUACCGAGAUUGAUUCCUGACGGGAUGAGCUGCCAGGAGCAGGUGGAACUUCUGACCAGACUCACGGUUCAUGUGGAUGAGGAGCUCAAAGGGCUAGCUUUUCAAGCUCUACAGAAUCUAAUGGUUGAAUCUGAAGCUUGGAAGGGACAUGUUAUUCAUGGUUUCGUACAGUUUGUCCACAAGGACAUCAGUGACACCAACACCCACCUUCUUGACAGUGUUCUCAGAAUGCUCAUGCAGUUGCUGGUUCACUGGAAGUCCAAUGUAGUUUCGGGCAAGGACACUCAAAAGGAUGUUCCCUCUGAUCAAAAUGCUGCCGCUGCGAUCCCACCCAACUCGGUGGUUAACCUGGAUGUUCUGCACGAGGUGGAGGGACUUGCUCUGGUUAUGAUGUGUAGCUGUCGAGUUGUCACACGCAAGCUGGCCGGCCAUCUCUUGAAAGAAGUCAGAAAUGUUUUCAACUUGUAUAACACUGCUCAGAUUUGUAAUCCAUGUUUGUUGGAUGUCAUAGACAAGGCUUGUCCAAUAAUACUGGAAAGACUUCAAAGUUUUCUACCACCUUCAGAAAAGCCACUUGUCUUGAGUCUUCCAAACAUAGAUUUUGCGUGGGUCGUUGAGCGUGCAGCCACGUGCUGGGUUCCAGCGGGUGGAGGCAGCACGCAGGACGGUAACCAGAUCAACUACAGCUUCCAUCGCAUCGACAUGUGGAUUCGCUGCGUCGCCGGAUUCUGCUCCAAGGACUUCGCGCUAACAUUGUGUCCUCAUGCAGUGGGUCACGCGUGGCCUAUCAUCUACAACAAACUCACGGCACUCUUUCCACUUGUCGAUCCCAACACCCAGACAAACGACAACCGUGCUUCGUCCAUCCUGCGAUCGGGCAGCAAGAAGGUGACCACGGAGAGGGACUUGCACAUGCAGCUGUGGCAGAACUACGUGGUGCUGGCGUGUAGUAUCGCCCAGCAGGGCUCCGUGAUACCACACAGGUGCUCCUCACCGGAACUCGGAAACUCGUCUCCGGAGAGUGCCGGUCCCGACAAAGGCGAAUCUCGCAGCCCGACGAGCAGCACAGCCAGUAACCUGUUUCGUCUCCUCAUUCCGCUGAUGAAGUGCGAGAACUCGGACAUGCGGGACACCGUUGUCAAUGGUGUUGGCUACUGCAACCCAGCAGUCUUCAAAGAGCUGGCUGAGGAACUGCUGCCGUACCUGAAGGAGGCGAUCGACAAGAAACAGGACAACUUGAGACGGCGCCGCAAACGAGACGUCCUUCGCGUACAGCUAGCACACAUAUUUGAGCUGAUGGCCAUCAACGAAACAUUCGCUCAGAGUGAAACGGGAAUUAUUGAUCAGGACAAGGGAUGCUUGAGUUCCAUGUUUGUUGACUAUAUAGAUGGUGCUCGCCAGUAUUUGGAGGGAGAGAACGACCGAGAUCUACCCAUCUUGCAGGAAAUACGACUUCACUUCAGUGGUUUUAUCCAGCAUCUUAUUCACAACACACCUAUGGAAUACCGAAAGUCACUGCUAUCAAGAGAAUUGCGAUACGGACUCUUCCAUCUGUUUGCCAGUUGGAGUGGACACUUCAGUCACAUGUUUGGAGCACUCGACAGAAACCACAGACUGAGUAAAGAGGAGACAUGGUCUGAACAAGAGUUGUCUGCUGUCCAGGCAAUGUCAGCAGUUUUAUGUUGCGGCCCUGUCUUCGAUAGCAACGGUCUCGGCGAUGAUGGUUACAUCUACCACUGGCUUGAUACCCUGCUGAGUUCGCACGAUGAGAAGAUGAAACCCAAGAUAUACGAUCUCGCCAAGGAGACAGUUUUUUUGCUGCUAGAUUUCAACACAGAGACACAAGGCCUGCUAGACUGGGUCAUCGACAGGUGCUACACCGGCGCAAACGAGGUGGCCGACGGAUGCUUCUGUGCCUUGGCUGCCGUGUUUCAAGCAAGAGAGUAUCCGUGUGACCAUGUGGCGAUGUUGAAUCUGGCCGUCCUGAACGUGGGCAACCCGCGUGUGUCGACCCAUGAGACCGCCCUGCAGCUGCUGCACCUGCUGGACACGCGCUUCUUCCAGGAGGAGCCAAUCUUCACGGACAACAUGGACCACCAGCAGAAGUUCCCGCUCAACGACAUCCUGCUCUCCGUGUCAUACUGCCACUCACAGAUGUACCUCUCUGAGCAGCUGGCACGCAUACACCCAGACCUCACUAUGCCCAUGUUCUCAGAAAUAACGCACAGAUUUCAAACUGCAAAGCCAUCAGUGCGUCAGAAUCUCCUGAAGUACUUGUUACCAUGGUUACACAACAUGGAGCUGGUGGAUCCCACCCUGCCUCCAAGUAACCCGCUGUCCAACUUUCUGAUCCGCCUACAAGAAAGCCACACUGACACGUUUCACCCCCCACUGAAGGGGGAGGGUUGGGGUUCCACACAGGCAACUGAGAUGGUCCUCAACAAUCUCUUUUACAUCACUGUUAAGUUUGGAGAUGAUCACCCGAUAGAAAUUGAAUCUCUUUGGGCAGCUCUUGUGAUGUGUUGGCCUGGAAACUUGAAAGUUGUCAUCCGCUAUCUGGUGGUCAUUACCAACAUGGCAGCUACCGAUCUGCUUCUUAUAGUUAAGCGGGUAGUGGGUUACCUUGGGAGAGCGAAGCCCGAGAAGCUGGUGGACGAAGUGAUGGGUGAACUGCAGUCGGUGGAGACUCUGAACAUGAACAUUGAGAGGACGCGCACCCCGCCGUACUACCGGCUGUCCUCCCAGCGGAAGCUGAACGCGACCGCCAACACAACGGACGAUGAGAAGCUGGUUUGUCAGACGGACCCCGGCCAGCUGGAGAAGGGAGUCCUCCACACCAAGCGUCACAGCGCCAAUGAGGACUUGCCCAGUGAAGGGGCAACAGGAACACGCACCAACUCGACAGCCUCUCUGAAGAGUGUGGCCAGCACAGGUUCUGCAGCCGAGACAAUUCCGCUUGAUGAUGAAAUUCCUCCAGUACAAGUGCAUCGGAGAAAUCAGUCUCCCGUGCCAUAUCCACUGCCGAUGCCAGCUUAUGGUGGAUACUUUGCUCAGCUCAAUGAACUUCUCCCAGAAGAUCUGUUAGCUUCACCAGGAUUUCACAGGAGUAACAUUGCAGUGAUGUUCUUGUCCGACUUGGUUUUGGAUGGAUUAGAGAUAGACUGGUCUCCACACCUGCCACUGAUGCUACAUGUAAUAUUUCUUGGUGUUGAUCAUAGUCGACCAAUUGUCUACGAGCACUGCAAGAAACUUCUACAGAAUCUCCUGUUACUAGCAGCUUCUCAGGACAAUAAUGAUAUUGCCCGUUUGCUGUUAGAUUACCGUAGCAACCUUGCCAGCUCUGUAAAAAUUCUUAAUGAAGACAGAGAAGCUUCCAUAACAGAAGAGAAUCCCAGCAGGGAGACUGCGCAGAUGUCGACGGGACGAUCAACAUUCAGCAUCGACAGCGUUGUCACCAUCACCCCAGAGACACUGAGCAACUUCGCCGAUCCCGACAGUCUCAAUUCACUGGAUGAAACUGUCAGAGCUGUUCUUACAUUUAUGGAAGGACGGAAAGGUCGUCCAUUGUGGUCUUGCGAAGAUAUAACUCCGAAGACUUUGAAUACCCACAGUUCAACACUGCUGGAAUACUUCCUGAAAUGUGUCGUCAAAUGUUUUAAGGAAUUGUCUCCCCUGGCAUGCGUUGAACAGAGGUGGUCUCAGGUGGCUUUGAAUUUAGCUCUGUCGUGCUCAUCACGUCACUAUGCUGGCCGGUCAUUCCAGAUAUUGCGAGCGUUGCGUCUUCGACCAUCCACCCAAAUGUUGUCCGAUAUAUUGUCUCGUCUUGUGGAAACAGUAGCAGAACAAGGAGAUGACAUGCAGGGAUAUGUAACAGAGAUCAUGCUGACUCUGGAAGCAGCCAUUGACAACCUUGAUUUAGACUUCCGUUCCAUUGACUUCAUGAAAGAGCUGUUCAUGUCGACCCCUAACUUGACCAAGGAUGGAUCAGACAGCCGGCGGGGUGCGAUGGUGGCUCCCAAACCUUCUCCACACCACGCCCGCAGUACGAGCUAUACCGCUUCAGUCAUCAUACAACGAGCACAUGCUGCAGCUAUGGAGACUCGUAUUAGGAGUUGCACAGAAGGUGACAGCCGAAGGUCCAAUCUGGCUCGAUCCCGUAGCGCCCAGUCUCUGAAGAAUCUGGAUCAAAACGGCACCGAGGAUAAACAGACGCUGGUCACUCAGAUGUUCUGGAUUGCCGUGUCGCUGUUAGAGUCUGAUUAUGAAUACGAGUAUGCUUUAGCCGUGCAUCUCUUGGACAAGAUUCUGAACCACAUGCAGCCAGAGAGCCCCGAGUGGAGAGAGAAGUUGGACAAGAUGCAGCAGCAGAUUAAAUGGCCGGCCUUCCCCGGUGUGCAGACUCUGCUUCUCAAGGGCUGUACUUCACAUGUGAUGGCUGAAAGUACGUGGGCACUCCUGUCUCGCAUUACACUGUGUAUCAGAGCACCUGUCAUCGAUCCUUCAGGAAAAUGGGGUUUUCCUAUUAAUGUCACAGCUGUUCUUCCAUAUCUUGUGGCCAACUAUGAAAAUCCAAAUGACACAUGUCGAACGGCAUCGGACAAUAUUGCUCAGAUGUGCGGACUCCAGUCAGAGAGGUUGACCAACCUGGCCACAAUUAUGUCCCUUUAUAGCCGGGGCACGUUUGGAAAAGACGGCUUCCAGUGGACCAAGUGUGUGAUCAAGUAUCUGUUGGAUGUGUACUCGUACGCCGCUCUCAGCAUGGUCCUAUUCCUUGUUGAGGUGUUGGAGAGAGGACCCGUGGCGUUCCAGCCAGCCAUACUACAGAUCCUGCACUGCAUGGUGCACUAUGUCGACGUGAAUGCGGCACCCAGUGGUGUGAUCAACCUCGACUUGUUCCAUUCUGCUAUUAAACACAUACAGGGAACUCACUGGAAAGAAGCACUGAAGAUUCUGAAAUUAGCAGUGACAAGGUCCUCCACUCUGGCCGCAGCCCCAUCCACUGGCAGCACCAGCAUUAGCAGUGAGCUCAGUGUGUUCUCACACACAUCGUUCGCCGAGGCAGAGAUGUAUACGAGAAUACACAGGGAUUUACCUGGUAGAACCUUGGAUUUCUCGGUGGAUCUUUCUAACACACCAAUCAUAGGUCACAAGUAUCUGAACACUGAAGCAAACAGUGGCUCGUCGGAUGUCCCAGUUACAAGUUCUCCAUCGUCAUCAUCGGGAACGGCUGUCUCAUUGUCACGGAAACCGUCAAACAAUCAGGACAUUGAUUCUGUCUGGAGGAGACCUCAGGCAUCACAGGCACGGACAAGAGAACGCCUGGUUAAUUUGUUAACCUGUUUCGGUCAACGAGUGGGAUUGCUCAAAAGCCCAUCAGAUACGUUUAUAAACAAGGUGAUAUUCAGCCAAUCAAGCGACACCUUGGACCACCAGCAGAGUGUGGCAUCCAGUGGAGAAGAGCACUCAUCACUUCCAGAAACUAUAUCUAACGAUGUACUGAAUGAAAGCAGUGGUAAUGAGUUGAUGGUCACAUUCAAGGGAUUUGAUUUUCUUGACAAUGAAUUGGAAGAAUCUGAGAGUGAAGAUUUCUUUUCCCAACUUGGCGAUCGCCGCCAUUCCCUCAACUUGGAUAACUCUGGUUCAUCGGGUGGCCGUCCUCACUUCGGCAGUGUGCCGGACCUGAAGAUCCUCGACAACACCAACCUGUCUGAGGUGGCCCCGUGUAACAGCGGGAGUCUCAGUGUCAAGGAGGAGAUAUUCUCAGAGGAUGAGUCCGAGAGUUCUGCAGCUGAGGAUGAUGGUGUCCCUCAAGAUCUUCCAGUGGCUGGGUCAAUAGUCGUCCAGCACGCCACACUCGAACGCAGGCAAUCCAGCCAGCUCACAGCUUCCACUCGUAGCUUGUGCAGCAACCCGAGCGAGACUGACCUUGUUGACCUGAGUUCGGCGACGGCGUCUCCAAGUUUCUCCCACCUGCACAAUCUGUGUCUGAGUCUGCAGAGCGACGAGGUGGAGGAGAUCUGGAAGAGUCACGUGACCAAGGUCCUCACUGAGGUGUCGCUGUCCCACUCUCUCAGCACCUUCCAGAUAUUCCCUCGUCUGUUCAGGGAGGUUCGAAGGCGGCUGAUGACUAUGACCAAGGAAUCAUGUUAUUACAUCUCAAAGACAGAAGGGCUGAAGUCUGUGGCAUCUCAGAUUCUGCAGGUCUUGGAUCUUCUGUACAUGCAGAUGGAAUGUCCAUUUAUCUUCAUUGAAAUAGAAACGUUACAUGGCACCAGAGUUCUAGAACGUCACCGCUUCUGUGUUCUGGAGAUUCAGGAAUGUUUUGAAACCUACUGCAUGAGGAAGGACCAAGCUGAAGAGAGUUUGGAACGGUUGAAGUCGUCUAUCAAACACCAGUCGCUGAGUGACGGGGGCAGUGCCACGCUGCUGGCUGGUGAAGAACAGAAGGUUGACCUGUGUCGGAAACUCUACAAGCUGGUAUUUCAGCUUGUUCUUCUCUUCGAAAGUUACUUGAAACUUUUGGAGGUUUUCCACACAGUCACGUCAUCUCCACAGGUGUUAGAUAUGUCUCUCCAAGUGUCGGCGGUGAAGGCUGAGCUGAGUAACGCAAUGGUGGAGCUGGAGAAUGGCCAGGCAUCCCCGUUCAGCAUGGACAGUAAGGUGAUGAACAAACACGAGGCCGUCCUCAGUCUGGCCGAGUACCUACAGAGUCAGCAGUACCUCAAGGCCAUUCAGCUGCUGCGCUCAUUCAGAUCUCUGUGGCCCAACGACAUAUUUGGCACGACGUCUGAAGACGACAUCACUGCCUUGUUGAAUAUCCACUGCAGUGGUAUGGCAGAGAAGAAAACAGGAAUAUUUGUUCUCACACGGGUUGACCUCGAGUUGGGCCAGCUGUACACUCAGCUGAUGGACAUCAACAUUCACCUCAACAGCGGCUAUGCCAGCGCCGUCACGUCCUCCAGCACAGAGCUGGUCCUCCGCUCCACCGACUCCAGCACGCUCUGAUUGUCGGCCCUCUUCAUCCGUUACAACUCAACACAUUCUGAGGAGAGGUUCAAAUUAGCUUUCUUGAUCUGUUAUGAGGGAGCAGUUGUCAUAAUUUUUGUAGAUUACGACAUGAUUAUUAUAAGAGCCAUCAUACUUAGUAGAAAUUGGUUUACACUUGUGCUGAUGUUGAGCAGAAAUUCAGUUUAGAUUUGUAUACUGAUGUUGCCCACCAAAUUAGCUUUCUUCAUCUGUUAUGAAGGAUCAUUGGUCAUCAUUUUUGUAGAAUUCAACUUGAUUAUUAUAAGAGCCGUCAUACUUUGCAGAAAUUUACUUUAGACUUGUGCUGUUGUUGAGCAGAAAUGCAGUUUAGAUUUGUGCUGAUGUUGCCAAACAAAUUGACUUUCUUUAUCUGUUACGAUCGAACAUUUGUCAUCAUUUGUUUAGAGUCUAACAUGGCAUAAAAGCAGAAAUUCAGUUUACACUUGUGCUGAUGUUGCCCACCAAAUUAGCAAAUUAGCUUUCUUCAUGUGUUAUGAUUGAGCAUUUGUCAUCAUUUACAUAGAUUACAACUGUGACAUGGUGUGGAAGUUUUUAUAACAGGCAUUCAGUUUACAUGUGUGCUGAUCUUGUUGACCAUGUUUUAAAUUAUGGUGCAUAACAGUUUGUUUGAUAAGAUGGUUAUCAUUUAUCCUAACUUUUUCAGAGUUUACCAGAGUGGUGCUCAUUGACAGUGGUUGAUGGUAAUAUUUGAAAGUUUGGAUGUAGACUGCAUGCAGUCAGUAAGGCAGUAAGAAAUAACCAAUUGUCAUGUGGAAUACCACUCCACUCAUUAUAUGGAGGUCUUGUAAAAAGUGUUCACCAUUUUGUACAUUAAUUGUUUGAUGUUUACAUCACAUUUUCAUAAUUAUAACAUUAUACGUUUUUCUUAGAAUGUUGAUUUGGAAGUGAUGUGAAUGGAAAAUAAUUUCUCAUGAUUUUGCCUGUUGAGACGUGUUUGUGCUGAUGUCUUGGCUAGCAUUAUAUCACAUGUGAGUUUCAUCAUGGUAGAAGUGUUAGUGACAUAUUUUUACUGUUAUACCCAUAUGAGAUUUAGGACAACUGUUGAGUGAUAUCAUAUUUGUUGCAGUGAUACCAAAGGCCAGUAUUUUUAUUAUUAUCAUUAAUGAUACUAAUAACCUACUGAUUGUGAAAAUUCUAGUCCAAACGGUUACAUGUAUAUUUAUGAUUUUGAAUAAAUAUUGACACUAGGUAAAAUUGUUAAACCUAGUUAACUAUUUUUGUAGUGUAGUGUUGUAAUAUCUGAACGACUUUGUAGUGUGAAAGGCUCAUUUAGUAAGAAAAAAGAGAUACUAAACUCUCUACUUUUUUGAUAUACGGUUUAUAUUCCUUGUGAAAUGAUGUUAAUUUUUCACUAAAGUUCAUGACUAUUUCACUGGGGACAUAAACUUGAUCAGAGAUGGACACUAAUAUAACUGAAUGUCCUGUUAUCAUUAAUUAGUCUUCCAUUAAGCAAAACAUCCUGUAUCUUUUAUUUUUGCUACUGGAUUAGUUACCGUAAGUGUUGAUAGAUGGUUGUCGUAGAAAACUAUUUAUUAAUUUCCCAAAUAACAACUGUUUCGUUCUAUAAUUCAUUUUAUGGAUUAUUGUAUAAUGCUGUUUUGUUCAUUAUCAACAGUUUCAGAGAAGGUUAGUUUGAGAAAAAUGUCAAUAUACUGUGAGCUAUUUCAGUAUUUUAGUUAUAACAGUGCAAUCAAUUUACAAUAUACUUUUUUCCUUGCAUUUUUAUUUAAAUUUUAAACAAUCAUUUCUUUGUUUUGUUGAUGUACAUGUAUAAUCUAUAACAUAUGUUCCAUAUGUUAUGUAUUAAUGUAUGUAAUAAAUGACUGGUACUUACUCAACUUAACUAAUACACUAAUACAGUUUACUUUGGUAAACAUCAUAUAGUUUACCAAACUGAAUUUGGUAUGCCACAUACAUUUUACAUGUACAGAAAAUAAAUAAGUAAAUAAAUAAAUGUCAAAUGAAUAAAUAAUAAAUAUUAAUUUUGUACUUGUUGAAAUUUUCAGCAAAAGGCUUGCACAUAUUUAGCACUUCUCCAGGUUGUUUGAGGUAACUGAGGUUUAAUUCAGUUUUUUUUCAAUCUGUCAAUUUGUUUUAAAAUAUAAAUAUGACCAUCGAUACAUUUCUUUGUACAUGUAAUAGAUUUAUACUAUUAUAAGAAAUAUUAUUUUUCAUCUCUUUAUCCCAUUUCAUCUUUUUUCUAUUAAAUUUUAAGUAUUUUGUCAGAUUUUAAUCUGAAAUUACCUAUAUUUAACUAUGGUAUAAUCUUCAGCUUUUUUAACAGAUUAUUUCAGCUUUUAUUUUGUAAUGGGUAUCAUAUCUCUGUACUAUAUUUUUGGAUACCAUAUAUGUUAUGUAUAUUUGUGGAUAUAAUGUUGAAGGCUCAAAUGAGUGGUUUAGAAUACACCUCAUCUAUAGUUCACAUAAAUAUGAGUCUUUAAAAUAUCCUGAAUAUAUGUUUGUUAUAUUGCAUCAAAAACUAUAAAAAUUGUGUAAUAAUUAUUCAAUUUUUUUGUGUUUUCUUUAAAUAACAACCAAAAACCCAAACUAUAUUUGUAAUAAUAAUAAAAUUAAAAUUAAAAAACCCAGCUGUGUAGCUUUUUCCAUCAUAGCAUUGAAAUGUAAUUUUAUUAAGGCAUGAAAGUCCCUCCUAAUUAAAUACUUGUAUAGCUUUAUGUACUUUUAAUACAAAUAGCAUUUAGUCUGUUUGCUAAUGAAUAAUAAACAUUCAAAUAUCUAGUUGUUUUUGGACUAAAAGGGUCAAUUAUUGUUUGUUUGGUGGGGUUUUUUUUACUACAUACAUCUGAUGAUUGAAAUAUUAUUUACUUAAUAUGUAUUUUAAUAACAUUGUUUAAGAUCUGUAUUAAUUAUAUGAAUGCCAUUUUCUUAGAUAAUAAACUAAUUUCACUCAUA